AAUUUGCACCGAAAAUAAAUAUCUUAUAAAAUUUCAAGAUGAGGGAGUCAGCUCAUGACAUCAGUAUGGAUACGUGGAAACAGUGGAUACUUGAGGCAAUAUCGAAGAUUCGAUCUCAAAAACAAAGACCGAGCGUUCAAAGAAUUUGCCAGGCUAUUGGCACUCAUCACAAAUUUCACGAGGACAUCGUCGCUGAAAAGUUGGAGAAAGCUGUUGAGUCUGGCGCAGUUAUAAAAGUAUACAAUAAAGGAUUGCAUUCGUAUAAGGCUCCAAUGGCGAAAAGGCGAAUUAAGGUUGAUAAAAGUACAAACCUUUACAAAGUGGUAGCGAAAGCCGUUAAUGAUUUGGGCGAAUGCGAAGGGUCUACCAUCAAGAAUAUAGAAAACUAUAUACAAAAGUUUAACUGCAUUGACCUAUCGCCUAAUGUUGAUUUCAAAGCUAUCAUUAAAUUGUCAAUUAAAAAGGCAGUUGAUACUGGAUUCCUAGUACAGGAGGGAAAGCUAUAUAAAAAGGGUAAAUCGUUAACAACACCACGAAAAUCUGUUGUCGAAGCAGAUGUACUUAUAAAAGGAGAAGAAACCUGCACACAUUGCUCGGGCAAUUCACAAAAGAAUCUAAAUGGCAUUCCAGAACCCUUGAGUUCCUGCAAACAAUGUGGCAUAUCAUUGCAUACAACGUGUGCAAAUAUCGCAGGCAGAUGCAAAUCCCAAUCGUAUGUCCUACUCUAUAUGCUUGUUACGAAGGGAACUCUCUGGAAUUGUCAGAAAUGCGCAGACUGUGUUGUCUGCAAAAUACAUAAUCGUGGUCCAUGUUUGCUACAGUGUUUUGCAUGCAAAAAUCAUUUUCACCUGACGUGCCUCGAUACGAUACCAGAUAAAAAGCCAAAGCACCCAUAUCGAUGCAAGGCUUGCUUAAACAUUGAUCAUCCCAAAUCGUUAAGGAGAGACACAGGCAAUAUCAAAUUAGAGCUUGUUGGAAAUGAUAAAAUUGUCCAAUAUUCAAAUACGGCGCAAAAGCCAUAUAACAAUUGUAAGCGACAGAUGAUCAAAAGUGAGGGAUUUAUUGAAAAUCCGUCGACGUCUCAACAUUGCAUUAGUGGUGUUGCCGGCAAUAAUCGACAAAAGAAAAAGAAUGCCGUCGUUAUGAAUAAAUUUACUACGCCAAUAAAGCAGAAGAAAAUCUAUCGUGACAACAUUGUUAAUCAACUAAAUCGCAAGCGGAAUUAUUCGGAUUUAUCAUCGUCAACUUCAUCGAGCGACAGUGAUGACGAAGAGGAAGAUGAUGAUAAGAAUGCGGGAUGCGAAGAUCAGGAUGAUAGUACAUCAUCCGACUCGUGUACUUCUUCAAGCUCCGAGUCCGAUUCAAGCACUAGCUCGAGCGAUAGCUCUGAAUGCGAUGACGAUAACGAUGAGGAGGACUAUGACACAGAUCGAAGUACAUUGAAAGAAAAUAUAUUUGAAAACGAGAAGAAACUCGAAUUUCGAUCCUCGCCAAAUGACAAUGAGAGCCUAAUGGAUGUUACUUCGGAUAAUUGGGGUUUUGCUGCCGUUGCAAAAAACCCUGUCGACAACAAAUAUAAAAAUAAUUUCAAAGCCAUGAGCUAUACGAAAAAAAUGUCGGACAUUUAUCAACUAUCACCAAAUGUGGAAGCCAAUAAACCCAACAAAUAUGCAACUGAUAAAUCGGACAAUAUGGCCGCAAAGUCCACAUUGCCUUCGUCGCGAAACAAUUCCAUUUUGGGUAAAAAGAGGACGAUCAUUUUAAAAUCUAUGCCACUUGAAUCUACUAAAUCAUACGUAAAACAUGAUGAUGAUAUUCCAUAUCUAACUAAGGAAACUGUUUUAAAAUGUCAAAUGAUUAAUGAAAUAGAAGAAUUUCCAGAGCCAAGGCAGCAGACUCUAGAUGCAAAACUAUCUGCCAGAGCUGAAAUUGAAGGCAUUGAUGGACAAUCAAUGGACAAUGACAAGGACCGCAGUGUUAGUCUUAUAAGCCGAAGCAAGCCAUUUGAAAAUCAACAUUUACCGCCGGGCGUUAAUUCUUUUGACGUUGAACUGUAUCAAGAAGUACUGCAAAAAGCUGUCAUUAAAGUCUAUAACAAUCCACCCGAAAUGGCAACUGAGAAAAACCACUCACUGAUCCAUUGUGGACAAAGUCCAAAAUCCAUUGAAAUAGGAAAAUGGAAUAUUGACACAUGGUACUCCAGCCCAUUUCCACAGGAGUACGCGAGGCUAUUAAAACUUUUCUUAUGCGAAUUCUGCCUGAAGUACACGAAAAGUCGAUCAGUAUUGGAUAGACAUCAAAAUAAAUGUAUUUGGAAACAACCGCCUGGAACUGAAAUAUUUCGGCAGGGCGAUAUAUCUGUUUUCGAAGUGGAUGGAAAUGUUAAUAAGAUCUAUUGCCAAAAUCUAUGCCUGCUUGCAAAGUUUUUUCUAGAUCACAAAACUCUGUACUACGAUGUGGAACCUUUUCUAUUUUAUAUAUUAACCAAAAAUGAUCAAGUCGGAUGUCAUCUCGUUGGAUAUUUUUCGAAAGAGAAGCACUGCUCUCAAAAGUAUAAUGUCUCAUGCAUUCUGACUCUACCCCAAUAUCAAAGACAAGGAUAUGGCCGAUUUUUGAUCGACUUCAGCUAUUUGCUAAGUCGCGAAGAAGGCCAAUUGGGAACGCCAGAGAAGCCACUUUCGGAUCUUGGACGUCUAUCAUACUUUUCAUACUGGAAAUCGGUUGUUUUAGAGUAUUUGUACAAGUACAGGAAUAAAAAGACGACAACGUUUAAGGAUAUUGCCAUAAAAACCGGUUUGGCUGUUUCUGACAUUGCAUUAGCAUUUGAGCUACUAAAUUUCAUCAAAUUGAGAAAAAAUGAUGGUGACAUUCGAUUCCAAAUCACGGUAAAAAUCGAUUGGAAAAAGGUUUUAUUGCACCAUAAUAAGCGAAGUCAAAGUAAGACUCGAAUUGUAAUUGAAGCCGAUUGCCUGAGAUGGAGUCCCUUGAUGUCGAUUUCCAGAUCACCCAAUAAUAAUAUACGACCAAUUUCAAAUCGUGAAUAUUUGAGUACUCAGCUUAUUGAAAAUUCUGAUAGCAAGGAUAUUUUGUAUGAGAACAAAAUUGAGAAAAUCAUCGAACCUCAACUAAAUUCCACCAUUGAGCUUUUCAAAGAUACAAAUAAAGAUUGCACGAAGACGACAAAGUCAACUUCUCAGAAUAUCGAUAAGGAUGCAAGUUACUCUAAAAAGAAUGCAUACAAUAGCACUGUGGAAUCAACGCACUCAACGCCAAUGCUCAAUGAUGCAAAACGUUCGAAACGUCCAUUUGAAGAUUUAAUUGAAAAUUCCGAUUCCUCUGAUAGUAAAUAUUCGAAGAAAUCGUUAGAGUCUGCGGAAUACAAUAUUUUAACCAAACGAGCACUGCGUCUGGCUAAGCGCAAAGAUGUUAUUCCACAUACCAACAAGAGGAAACAUUUCGAGCGUAAAAAUAAUAUUGAUAAUGUGGAGCAUAAUGUGUCGAAUCCAGUCGAUCAACCGCACACUAAUAAAGAAAUCGUAGACAAAUGUUCUUUAUCGCUUGGUGCUGCUGUACCAGAAAUUAACAAUCGCAACAUUAAGAAGCAUGAGUCAAUUGACAAGCCAAUAAAUAUCGUACCCAAGUUGAGAGGUAAAAAAUCAAAUGGCAAACGAGAUGAAGAAGCUGAAGAAGCGCCCGCUCAGCCCAGCACCGCCGAAGUCCCAAUAAAAGAACCUGACAAUGAAAAACCGACGUUGAAAACACCUAUGGAAGUUGUGGAGACAACCGAAAACGAAAAGGAAAAGGAAAAACGGCUUGUUGAGCCUGCACCGCAGCUGCCGAAGGAAAGGGAGAUCAGUGUUGCCACUGAUCAUUGCACUGAGCAAGUCCUCGAUGCCGUUGCCAAGAAGACAAAGAAAGCACUGUUUUCGGACACAACUUCAUUUGAAGCUAAAAACAGCGAGACUAAAAUCGCGGAAUGUAAAAUUGAGCCAAAGCCGGUUGAAAAUACUUUGAAUAAUGCUGAAUCAACAUGUCAAGUUAAGGAAAUUUGUGAAAUACAAAAAGAACCUAUUUUACCGGCUCCUUCUACGGUUGAAUUGAAUAUUAAAGAAAAAGUCAUUAGCACCGACUCAUCAACCACUACUGAAAAGAUUGAUACGGUUGCAGUGCCAAUCGUUGAGAAAACUGAAACUAAAGUACUUAAUUUGAAUUGUGAAAGCCUGAAUAAGGGCAAUGAGCCUAUAAAGGAGAUCUCCGAUGAUCAGAACUUGAAACCUUGUGUAUCAACAACGCCAGCUGUGGCUGUUGAACAACCAGCGCCAGCCGCGGUGCCGCCACCAUCAUCAACUGUCGUUGAUUCUACCAAAAUCCUUGAAGAGUGCGCCAAGGAAACCAAAGUUGUUGAUAAACCUGAAACUAAGAAAACGAUUACGCCGGAGAAAGUAGAGCCUAAAAAACCGGAUGUGCCCCAGGUAAAAGUUCCUUGUAGUUUGCAGCAAGAACAACAAUCAUAUUAUACUGAAAUGCAAAGCAAAGCAAACACAACAAACGAAACGAAGAACAUGCUAGCAAAAACUGAGGCAUCAAUAAUGCACGAAACAGAAGUGAAACAGAAAAUGCAUAAGAAGCCCAAUUUGGAAGUUCCCUCAAUUCCAAAGGCCGAAAAUGUGAACACUUUAUGCAAGAAACCGGAUGCAAUUCAUGCAAAUAAAAUCAAUGUAAUUGCCGAGAAGGAGCCACAAAAGCCACCACACUUACUUCAAGUACAAGUUAAGGAAGAAGAUAAAUCCAAUGUGCGUCCUCCGCCGUCCACUUCAUUGCCCAUACGGGAUAAGAUUCAAUUAAAGAAUAACGAUCAUGCUCAGUUGCAGAACUCGCUAACUUCUCAAUUCCCGAUUAAUCAAAUGCCCAACUAUCAUCAUACUUCGCAAUAUUGGCAGUGGGACUAUUACAGCUAUAAUCUCUGCAACCUGGAUCCAGCAGCACAAAAGGGUCAAAAGCAAUUUCACAAGGACCUCGCAACAACCAUGGCCUAUACGCAUAAUUUCACCCAAAAUCUGUAUCAAUCGGCAAUGCAUGCUCAUCACCAGAUGCAUCAUCCGAAAGAUAAGCAAAAGGUGGAUCGCAAGAAUAGCGGUAAGAAGGAUGAUCUGUCCAAGCCCGUAUCCAAUAUUAGCGCUGUCAACACUGCAAGAGAUGGCGAUGGAAAUACGCUCAACUGCAAUGAUUAUAAUGUCAAUAAUCAGUCGAAUAUGUUUGAUCAGAAGUGCGGCAAUCAGCAGAAGCAGUUCAAAAUCACCGAUCAUGCACAACAAAUCAAGUCGAUUGGUAAUCCCCAGAACUCAGUGCCCAGGCACACAAAUUCUAACCAGGCGGAGUCAUCAAAUUUAUUACCAACUUCAAUGAGUCGCGAGGCUCAAGCAGCGCCUCAAAAACCAAAAUCGGAGCACAAUGUUAACAACAUACCAUUGGUGCCAUCCCACCCAUCAAGAGAGGAAAAAAUUAAGGUAUCGCAACCGAUAUUACAAUCGGCUCCACACUCUAAUUUGCAAGUCGCUGGACAACCUGAUGUUAAUACCAAUAAUAUGGCUUACAAUAAUUCGGAGGCAGCCUCAAAUGCACCAAUCCAGCAGCAAUAUGAUUGUGGUAUUAAUGUGCAAAUCAAUCUGGAUUCACCCUCUAACAUUGGAGGUCCCAUUAAUCAUGGACCGGAAAAUCCCAAUGGACAUAUGCAAAGACAGUUUUCAGACUGUUCCAUGCAAAAUCAAUCGGCAACGACGCCCAUGCACAUGUCCAUACAAAAUUCGCACAUGCAACAGCAAAACAAUAUAAAUAUGAAUUUGAAUUCUGAAAGUUCGCCCAAUUUAAAUAUAAUCGGCAACGCACAACAGCACCAGCAUCAAAACAGAAAGCUAACCGUACAGCCGGAUAUUGUGGCGAGUUCACCGACAGCAGCGCAUCGAGCACCGACACCCAAGCAAAUUCGCAAUGCAAGCUCUUCGAAUAAUGCUCAGCAGCGAGACGCUAAAGUGCCAGCAGCAGCAACAAGCACUCAAAAUACUCACCACCAGCAUCCGCAGAGCUCUGUUUCGAAUAUUUCCAAGGGGCAACAGGAUGGAAUUGGCGGAGGCUUACAGUUUACACAGCUCGGCGGUCAGCAUGGUCAUCAGCAGAAUAUGCAAACAUUGGACUACAUACCGAUACCGCAAAUUUCACAAAAUUUCUCCACGAAUCCAUCGAAUUAUGACAUCGUUGGUAUGCCGGCCGUCAUUCAACGGGGCAUGUCUCUAAAUAGUUCCGUUCAUUCCCUACCCAACUCGCACCAGCGCAUUGAGCAGCCAGCCUCCGCGUGUGCUGUAAAUAAUUUUUACUUGCAAAAUAACAUGCCAUCAAAUGAAAUAGUGUCGAACGCACCACGAAUACCGGUCUCCACCACAUUGGGGCCACCAUCUUCCGCCGCUAACAAUGAUCAGUCUAUAUCAUCGAACAGUGGUGGCAGUACACCAUCUCUCGCUGGCAAUUUAUGUAGUCUAUCCAAACUACAGCAGUUAACUAAUUGCCUGGAAACUCAACCAUGCAAUACAUCGCCAGGAGCUCAAUCGAAUUUAACACCGUCGCCACAUCAUCCGAUUCCACCCAACUCAAUGACACCGCCACCACACUUAUUAAUGCAAAACCGGAAUAUUUCCACGCCGCCGAAUAUGUUGCAGACGCAAGUGACGCCACUACAAUAUCAUAAAUAUUACACCAGCAACAUGAAUAUUCCUCCAAUUUCAUCCACCCAAAAUACAAAUCGGAAUACUCGGAACACACCAUCAGCACCCAUUCAGCAUGCCUCAUCGGCAAUCAGCAGCAGCUCAAAUAAUCGCACAGCCAAUGUGCACAUCAGUCCCAAUCUGAUGUCACAUUAUGGAGCUAUUAACAGCUAUCGAAUGUCGCCGCAGCAAAGUCCUCCGGCAUCUGCAUAUAGUUCCGGUGGUGAAUAUCCCAACUCGCAAAUUCCAAUGCAAAUGGGUGUUAUGAACAUGCAGUCACAAUAUCAAGAUGCAUGCGUCCUGCAAAGGGCUGCGCAACCGAAUUCAAUGUAUCAAACGUAUUCAGCAUACUUGCCGCUGAACGGCUCAAUACGCAGAUAAUAAAUAUAUCUACAUCUUACACUAGUUACACGUUACUCUAUAAAGUAUGAAUUGCUUGUACUACUUGUCUUGUAAAUGUAUCAUAAAUUUUGUGUAUUUAAAAAUAAAUAUGAAAACAACAAUG